CACGAUACAUAGCUAAGGACGGGAGACAAUAGUGCUACUGUGGCGAAUGAUCCAGUAAACAGGCUGCACAAGAUGGUCGUAUUCCAUUAUCGCAUCCAUACAUAUACGGCGCAGGGAGUGUUGCAGUCGCUGCGCUUCUUUUCCGAGAGAUAUCCGCUUCGCCCACAUGCAUGCAACCUUUUGAGCCUGAUAAUGACCCAACCUCCAUCCCCAACCUGAAGAAAAAGAACAAUAACAGAUCACGAAACCAUCAAAUAAACCUGAAAAUUAGUCUUUAAUAUUUCUUUUUCACCUUAUUGCAGUCAAUUGCCUCUUCACCAGCAAUGUCAGGCGCCGAGCUAAUUGGGAUCAUUUCAGGCAUCAUCUCGAUAGUGGAUGCCUCGCUCAAAAUUUACGAAGCCGUCGAGGACACCUCAGGCCUACCACGAUGCUUCCGCAAUGUGGCUGCUCGUCUCCCCGUUGUCCAAGAUACACUCGAAACAGCGAGAGCGACCUUAGAAGAAGAAGAAGAGGGGGAAGAAGAAGAAGACAAGGAAGAUAAAGAAGAAUUACAGAGGGUGAAAUCGCGCGACGCCUUGGUGAAGAUUCUUGAGAGCUGUUAUGACAAAGCGACCGUGCUCAACAAGACUUUACAGACUAUAAUGCCUAAACAAGGCACAUCCAAAACAAAGCGCUAUGUCAAAGCGAUCAAGAUGUUUCCCGCUGCCGACAAAAUCGAGAGUCUGAUGAACGGCAUCUUAAACGAUGUACACGUAUUGGCUGCGAAUCAUUCAGUAAAAUCAGCCACUCGGACGCAGGUUAAUAAUCUUAUGGACAUGAUAAGGAACAUGAAAGCUGAGAAACGAGAGCCCCUAUACUUUGGUCGCCGUGCGACCGUAGCAUUGUGCAAUAUGGGCAGAGGAUCACAGUUCGUCUAUGAUGGACAAGGCAAUCAGAACGUCUCAAUGGGAACAGGGGUACAGUUCAAUGGAACAUCAACAGCGCCACUGCAUAUCACACUGACAGGCAUAUGACUCGCAUGGAGCUCUUCUAUUACGGACAUUGGUUAUGGGUUACAUGUACAUAGAGAUGUUAAAGCUAUUAGGCGCCUAGAUCGCCUCAAGAAUGAUCCACAUCGACUAAAGAGCCUUGAAGGAAUCAUUGCAGUCGACCUUGCCAGACUAAGCAUGCAGAGCAUCCCGUGUGUAUGUAUGUACAUUAUAUUACCUCCCUGGUCCAUGCUACUUCCGCCAAAUCGGUUUACCAAGACCCUGUUUAGAUGUAUCUUCAUCCACGUGCUCUGAGUAGCUCUUGGAUGUCAGGAUAAUUCUCUCCAUAGUGAUAUGCCGUAUAUCCGCC